AUGUUUGGAUUCAAACUUGAAGAUGAUUCAAUCUUUACAUCCUUUGAAGAAUACGAACUUCAACACCCUGUUCCGAGGAAGGAAGUUGACACAGAUGGAAGAAUGAUCUAUACUAGUAUGUCACAGGAACUCAAGGCACCCAGGAAAAUCAGCGAAGUAAUCCUGGGCAGCUUGAUCAGUGGCACACGACGUUCAUUCAACCUCAGGCUCAAAUAUACCGAGCACCAGACGGUAGUGAUUUUGGAUGUUCCAUGGACGUUUAGCGUCGAUAUUUGGAAUGUGGGCUGUAUGAUUUGGGCCAUCUACGAGAGCGAAUCAUUGUUUUCUGGUAAAGACGCCGAAUUUGAACAAUACCGGAGCCAAGCUCAUCUUGCGGAGAUGAUAAACCUUCUCGGCCCACCACCUAGCCUUCUUGCCCAAGGGGAGCUAAGAGACAAGUUCUUUCCGAGCGAAGGCAAGUUCUUUAUGAUACAUGCAGAAUUUUAG